GGCUCUAUCAUGUUCCACGUGCGGCGGCGUCCGGCGGACUCACAGCCACGGCGACGGAAGAAGAAGGUCGGCACAGGCACCAACGGGCGUCCAGGCAACGAACCUUUACUUCUGGAGGUCGCGCCCGACGCCACGCCUCUAGAGAAUGGACGCAGAAUCCGGAUUACCGAUGUCGUCGAGGUUGGUUCGGGAAAUGGCACCGCCCUGCAGCUGUACGGACCGUCGAUACAAUCCCGGCAUUGCGUGGUCGCUCCCGCUGACGGCGGCGGAUACACCGUGACUCCACUGCACGCGGACGCGCAAGUCUUCGUCAACGGACAAAGGAUCAUGCACACACAGCGAUUACAGCACGGAUGUCUGCUGAAAUUCGGGCGCGUAUCGACGUUCCGUUUCGUGGACCCCGCCCAGGAGAACCUAAUCAACAGGAACUUGGCUCAGUCGCAGUCAAACUACGGCUCCGGAUCCAUAUACGACAGGUCGCCCGCGUCACCGGAGCCGGGCGGCGCGAUGUCCCAGCAACCGGACGCGCUCGACAACAACGCCAACGACGAGUACCACCGCACCGUCAGCCCGGUCUCGAACGACCACUACUACAGAGACUCGAACGAGAUCACGCCGUACAACAACAACAACACGCUCAAACUCGACAACGAGUCGCUGAUGAUGUCGCAGCACCUCACCGACUCGAAGGACGAUCACACCGGAUCGAUUUACAACGAUCACGAUCAGAGCACAAACGCGAACCGCACCGGGAACUCGCAAUACAAAGAUAACUACGAAACCACGUUCGAUUUAGAUGGAAACGUUGAAACGAAAAGCAUCUGUAGCGCUAAAAGCGGAGGUUCAGGACACGAGAACAGGAUGGGUGCUGGUCGAAUCGGCCAAGAAGCGAUCCUGCCGGCCGUGCUGGAGUUCCCGGAGGCGGGACAACAACAGUUCCUCGCCGCGGUCAUCACCAGGCUCGACCCUCAUGCCCCCGCGUUCAAACUCGCGCCUGUCUACACGCUCUACCUCUGCGCCAGGUAUCGUGCUUCAACUCAUUACCGGCCCGAGCUGACGCCGACCGAGAGGGCCCACAAGCUGACCGCCUUCCUCCACCACGUCGCCACGCUCAUACACGCUACUGUACAGGAACGCGCUAGUGACUCUGCAGCUCAGGCGUUCUGGAUGGCCAACGCCAGUGAACUACUGCACUUCCUCAAAUACGACAGACAUAUCUCCUCGUUCUCAACGCAAGCUCAAGAGUUACUAGCCAUGACUGUACAAAACGCGUUCAGUAAUCUGGUGGCGUGCUUCGAGGAGAGCCUGGGUCGCGCCCUGGCGGCCCUGACGAGCGGCAACAGCGCGGAGGCGACGGCCGCCACCGAGCCCGCGCUGCAGGCGCUCGCCGCCGCCAUGGUGCUGCUGCGCCGGUGCAGGGUCAACGCGGCGCUCACCAUACAGCUCUUCUCGCAUCUCUUCCACUACAUCAACGCCGUUUGUUUCAACAAGGUGGUGAGCGAGCCGGGCUGUGUGAGCGCGGCCUACGGGCGCGCGCUGUCGGGGCGGUUGGCGCUAGUGGCGGCAUGGGCCGAGCGGCAGGGACUCGAGCUAGCAGCCGACUGCCAUCUGGCGCGGACGCACCAGGCCGCCCGGCUGAUACAGGGCGAGUAUCGCACCGCAGAGGAAGUGCGGGCGGCGCUGUCGGCGUGCUUCAAGCUGAACUCUGCGCAAGUCCGAGCGCUGCUCGCGCCCAUCGCCGCGCCCGAGGUCGUGGAGGCGGCCGUGCAGCACGCGCGGGCGCUCGCCGACGAGCUGUGCCGGGCCGACGGACGAGAGAUACGAGUCGAGGAGGGCGGUUGGCUGGGGGCCGGACUGCUGAUCCCCGGGGAUGGGUUCAGCGCGGAGGUGGUCCGCGGCGUGCCCCCCGGGCUGGCGGAGUUCGUGGCCCCCCUGCAGCGGGCGGGGCUGUGUCGGCUCGCCCACCAGCCGCACGCGGUCGGCGCGUGGACCGUGUACAUGGGCCGAGCGUCCCCGCGACCCCCGCCCGUCCCCGACCGACAUAUCCUGCAACUACAUAAGAACGCUAACGGCAUGGGACUCAGUAUAGUCGCCGCAAAGGGUGCAGGCCAAAGCAAAUUGGGUAUCUAUAUAAAGUCCGUAGUGCCGGGCGGCGCGGCGGCUGCAGACGGGCGACUGGCGGCCGGCGACCAACUGCUAUCCGUUGAUGGACAGUCGCUCGUUGGUAUCACACAGGAAAAGGCGGCUGAAUACUUAGUAAGGACGGGUCCGACCGUCACUUUAGAAGUCGCGAAACAAGGAGCUAUGUUGCACGGACUAGCCACUCUAUUACACCAACCGGCCUACAACAAUCAGCGACCAGAGGACGCGGAGGUGCAGUACGAGUGUCGCGCCCGCCGCAACUCGGGCACGUUCACCAACCCGCACCCCGCGCUACUCAAGCCCGCCUCGCCGCUCACCGAGCUCGCCACCGCAGGUUACUGUCGGCGGUCCUGCCGCGACCGCUGCUACCUGUUGAAAGACGAGUCUACGGAGUCCAGUACAGACGACAGCGAGGACUUUCGCCCUCUCUAUCGUGGCUCGAUACCCAAGCUCAUUGUAACUUCUGACAUGGAGAACGAACAUGACGUAAACUUAUGCCCGUUUAUGAGCGAUUGCCCUGUCGAAUUUAAAUCUAAUCCGCCGCCCAGACCCAUUCCCGUUUUCACGUUUACGUGUGAGGAUUUCGACGAACAAAACAGUUGCAACGACCAGCACUCAAUGGAUGAACAACCCCCUCCCGUACCUGACCCACCUGUGCAUUACGAGCAGUCCAGCGAGAGUGGAGAACCGGUCUGUCUAACGCCGCAGAUGAAGCCAAUAGACACGAAGCUCACACUCGAUUUGUUUAACGUGCGCUCGAACGAGAACGACACCUACAGACGAAGGUGCACGGAGCUCGAUGAAUGCGUUAGCGCUUGUGACUGCUGUCGCACUCCGCAACCGGAGACCAAGUCAAUUCCGUUUAUAGACGAACCGAACUCGGAACCCGUUAUAUUUGAAAACGGAACAGUUCCUGAUAAAAUUACCACUCCGAAAAUACGACGAAUUUUACCGUCCAUGUCCUUGGACAACGGCGAAGAUAAACCUGAGACGGCUGACGCGGUCUGUCAGACUCCUUCCUCGCCGAUAAAAGUAGAUCCGGAAAUGCCAGUGGUCAUACCACUGAAACUCAAGAUUGAUCUAGACGUACACAGUGAAUCGCAGAAAAUUCAAGACAUGAACUGUCGUUUGAAAAGGACCCUUUUUUCAGUGUCGAAUUCCUUUUCGAAUAAAUCGGAGGAAUUCUCAGAUAUGUUACCGUCGACGUUUUCCACUUCAGAUUCAAUGGAUGAUACUAUAAAUGAAAAUAAACCUGAUAUCUUAAUCCAGAGUCCAGCGGAAGCAUGUGCCAAAAAAAUUCUGGACAGCGUCGACAGAAAGUCCUGGAAGUCACCAGAUGAAUUCAGACCGUCUUUCGGUAAAGUGAAAGCGCUGACGAAGCACUUUAACGAUAUAAAUCUAACAUAUAGCGUGAAAACUUACAAGCGUCACUGUCAGUCGAGCCCUAAUCUCAGCGGACGCCCUGAAAAAGUACUGAAAAUUGCAGAACCGCUGCCCACUAGCGCAAGUCUGGUCGACAUUAGAUUCGACAUUGACAAAACAGAAACUACUGAAUCUGGAGAUGGAAAACUGACUGACGAAGAAGUGAAAAGUAUAAUUAUCCAAUUGGAAGACUGGUCCAGAUAUGGUUCGCGUGGCAGCGAGGAUACACUCGCUAACGGCAACGAAUUCGAGUUGCCGAAUUUACCAUCGGAAGACCAAAUAGACUGCACGAACGGCUUCGUUUUCAAUGAAUUCUUCGACCGCAAACCAAAAAGAAUCACCCUCGAAAAUAUCAAAAUAAAAUCGAAUCAAUCAAGUUUGAACUCUGAACGAGACAAGUCGAGUUGUGAGUCGCUUGCACGAAGCGAAAGCUCCGAGAAAACAAAAGGAAAAAACUUUAUAGGGUCUACUAAUAUCAGUAAUAUCAAACGAAUACUGCAAAAAACGAAGCAACACGCGGCGCUAGUGCGGAGCUGCCCGGAUCUGAACUCGACCCCCACAACGCCGGGCGGCGGCGCGUUGCGUCGUGCGUCGGAGCGCGACCUGCCCGCGCGGCUGGCGGCGGAGGCCGUGAAGCCCAGCAAGAGCACGCCCGCCCUGCACCACGCCGCACCCGUCCCGCACAGUAGUGUAACGAGCCCGAGCGUCCCGAGCGCCUCGCCGAGCGUGUGGCCCAACAAGUCGCGGAGCAGCCACAACCUGUCCGCGACCUCGCACCACGACGGCUUCUACCAGAACCUGCCCGCCGUCAGCUCGCAACAGUACCCACUACAAGACAGGUGGUCGUCGCUACGCAGUUCCACUGGCAGCAACCGUCCUCAGUCGGCACAUUUUUCAGCAGCAAACCCGCAAGAACAGGCGCCUGAUUCUCCCCUGCACCAGGCAAACCAUGGAAGCACUAUGAGUAUACGUGCAGCGAAGCUAGCUGAGAUGUCAGAGGAAGUUACGCGUCGCCAACAGAUGCAACAACAACAUCAACUGCAACAGCAGCAACAACUACACCAGCAACAACAGCAACAAAUACACCAACAGCAGCAACAACAGCAACAUAUUCAGCAGCAACAACUUAUCCAACAACAACAAUUACAACAGCAUAUUCAACAACAACAAUCGCAGCUGCAUCAGCAACAACAACAACAUUUACAUCAGCAGCAACUACAUCAACAUCAAAUGCAACAGAGGAUGCCAUCAUUACCACAUCAUCAUCCGCAGAUGAACAACCUUCAUUCUCACGGACAACCACCACUGUCGCCGGGCUCGACGCAAUCUUUGCAGUUCCAACAGCAACCUUCCCCGCAGCCCCCGCACCCCCCGCAGCACGCUUACAGCCAGCACGGUCAGCCACAGAGAUAUGAAUGGCAUCCGCCCGGUCCUCCGUCGCCGCAGAGAUCGCAGCCGCCCGUAGCUCCCAAGCCACAAAAUGUAAGAAGACCUGAAAUGGAAAUGGAAGAGCCUUCACAUCAACAGCCUCCGCAGAUGAUGAAUAUGCAACCGGAUGAAGAGCGGCAGUCCGGCAGCGCCCUGUACCCCGCCAGCCCCUGGCAGCGCGAGGAGCGGGAGCGGCAGGCCGAGGUGCGCCGCGCGGCCGCCCGCGCCCGCAGGGACGCGACGAUAGCGCACCUGGUGGCGCUGGGCGCGGCGCGGUCGGCGGCGCAGAGCCAGCAGCUGCGCGCGCUGCAGCUCGAGCGGGACUUCGAGCUCCGAGCCACGCAACACGACCAGGAGGAAGGGGGAACUACUGAAGGUGGUGGUGAUGAAGACCGUUCAUCUCCGGAAUCUUGCAUAGAGGCUCCCCUACAACCAUCUCCGCAUCCGCCUAAGUCCAUUCUCAAGACCAACACUCGAACUGAACUCACUAAUGGAUACCAAACUACCACCACCGAGACUGUGACAAUAAGCGAGGAAGUGACGUCAGUGGGUUCGGUGAGUGCAGGCGUGAUGUCGCUGUCGAUGAGCGCGUCUCCCGCCCCUCCCCCGCCGCCGGCUCCCCCCCGCGGCUCCUCGUUCGCGGUGAUGGCGGAGCGGACACGCCACGUCGACGUGGCGCCGGUGCCCGCGCCCGCACCCGUCUCCGCACCCGCACCGCUGUCUCCGUCGAGCGUGGCGCGCGACAAGCGAGUGUCGUUCGAGGAGCGCGGGUGCAGUCCCCCCUCGCCGCCCUCCCCGCCCGCCUCCUCCCCGCCCCCGCUGCACGAACACGAACACAGGGAGGACCCGGACCGGUUUAUUGAAGAAGCGGAGUCCAUGCUAGCGAGCCCGUCGUCGGCGGGCGUGUCGCCGAGCGCCGCGCCGCCCGCGCACACGCCCGGCGUCAUCGGCGCGCAGGAGGUGUACAGAGACCCCCGCGCCCGGCGCCUGGCGGAGCAGCAGGCGCGCAGCACGGCGCAGCCCAUCCCGGAGCAGCUCUCCUUCAAGGAGAAGAUGAAGAUGUUCGCGCUCGAAGCCGGAGACGCCUCCACGCCCAAGGACAAGGUCAAAAUAUCGCGCGCCCAACGGGACAUAGACGCUGUACGUUGAUGACCCAGACACUACAUACUACUUAAUAUAUUGAACUAUGUACCUAACAACCAACGCGCCAAUACAUCUCGUAUGAUCCAGUACCAGUAUUAAGAAGCACUUACGAUUUUUGAUAGAGCACGAUUCACAAGUCCCGUACAUUGUAGGGAUUUAUUUUUAGAAAAUUUAACAUAUUUUAUGAGUAGACAUGAGUUUAACUUAUCGAAUAAAUAUGUACCCAAGUAUGCCUUGAUUGAACCUCAGCACCAAUUUACAAGUAAAUUAGAAUAGACCCAAUAUAUUUUAUAUUAUGAAGACAAUUUGAUUGGAUGUACACCGCGUCGCCUUAGCAGCUAGUGCAAUGUUACGAGACAUUUAAAAAGUAUUGAAUUUUUUUAAUAAAUUUGAAUAUUAUAUGAUAUAAAAAUUUUAUUAUUGUUAUUAUUGAAGUAAUUUCGUGGCACAUCCGAAUGGAAUCAAUUAUUUCGUGCGAAAUUUUAAGUGCCAUCGUAAAUAGAUUACGUGUUUCAUUGUAUUUGUUAUAUUAAGAUUACCUUGGAGGACCAAUAUGGAUAAAAUAUAAUCAGAAGGUGCCUUCGCCUUGACCUGAAUAAUAAUCAUUAAUUUCGACACCAUACUGUGACUUCCCAUGGCUCUUUUCAGAAACUUCGUUACAUUCCAAAGAAUGCCUAAUCUAUUUUUCUAACAUUCCCUUCUAUCAUGACCGAGUACUUCUUUGUGUAAGACACUAAUAAUUGUACUAAAUUCUAUAUUUACGAUACAAUAAUAUCUUUGUAACAAAAAGCAAUACGAUACUGUGAAAGAUAUAAUGUUGAAUAUAAAUUACAUAAAUUACUUAAUUAUAAUUAGCACUUUUUGUGCCAAACUUGUAUGUAUACUGUACGGUUAUUAAUUAUUUAAGUAAUUCGCUUGUAGUGAUUACACAAAUUAUAAUGUCACAACACUAUUUCGUAGUAUUAGUAUCUCGAUGAAUCAUGUGUUUGAAUCAAUGAAUCACUUUAUUUUGUCUGCCUUAGCAGGCAGCGUACUUAGGUUUUUUUUUUAUUACGUCUACGGGACAAUACUUUUCAAAUUAUACAAGUUUUAUUUACUUUGAUGAGUAAUACUAAAAAAAUGUACUGUAAUUUUCGAUGUUAAAUUAUAAUAAUAAAAAAAUAAGGCAGGUUUAGCCAGCCGAGUAUCAUAUUCCAAGUAAAAUUUUAUUAAAAUGCACAUCACUUUAUCCUAAUGUAAUUAUCUAUUUAAAAAAAUAUCAAACUCGAUUUAUUGAACACAAAAGUAUCACAAUGUUAUCUUUUCAGCUAAAAUUACAGAUAAUCUCUGUAUACUUGUAGCGUAAAUUUUAUAAAUUGUAUGCAAUAAACAUUUCAUUAGUCCGCAGCACCGAUUAGAUGUAAAUAAAAAUUAGUUCAAUCAUUUUUAAAUUAAGGUAUUUUUACAUGUGUUUUGUAUAUGUAAAUUUUUUUAUUUAAAUAUAUCGAGAGUUUAUAGACGAUGGUAACGAGGCCUAUUCGAUAUAGUUAGUCUAGUUUCUGGGAAUUAAUUAUUAAUAUGUUUCUCAGUAUUCACCCAACGAUAGUCAAUUAGCAAAGAUUGAGAUUUAUUUGUAGUACGGUGUGUUUUAUUGAACAGCUAAUUUGUACAUAACUACACUGAGCGGCUCCUGUUCGUGUUAAGAAAUAAUGGGAAUAGUGGUUAUUGACACCAAUUACUGUUAAAUAAUUUACUAUUGUAUUUUAUCUUCCUUAUAAUAAAGUAUCGGUAAACAUU